AUGGCUAUCCUUGAUGCCGUUCCCACUGGCGGAGACGCGAAAUCCGAAAACCCCACCCUGUCGGAGCUUGUGUCGUUUGCCCGUACACACUCGCCAUUCUACAAGGCCUCCCUAGCACAUCUGCCUCAUGACACUUCCUUCUCUAAUAUUCCUGUGACCGAUGUCGAGGCUUAUUGGUCAUCAGCGUCUGCGUCCGAAAAGAACAUCCUGACUGUGCCAUUUAGAGAUGGGGUUGUGAUGCGAUCUGGUGGAUCGACCGGUCCCCCCAAAUUUGUCUACCUGACCCGGGAUGAGCUUCGGCGUAUCUGCGCUAUCAAGGCAAAUGUCGUGUGCACGGCCAGCGGCAUCGUCCCCGGCGACCGAGUCGCCAAUCUCAGCCCCAUGGGUGGCAUGUACGGCAGCUUCAUGUUGAACAACACUGCACUCAUGGAACUGCCGAUCGACAAUAUCCAGCUGCCCCUUGGCUGGCAGGUGUCGGAGGAGGUGAUGGCGGACACAAUUGACCAGUUUGAGGCGACAGUGAUCCUCAGCACUGCUUACUCCGUGACCAAGCUGGCGGGAUGGUUGGUCGAAAAAGGGCGCAAGUUGGAGAGUGUCCGCCUGAUAUUAUUCACGGGCGAGCAGUUCUUCAAAGACAUGCGCCCUCUUUGGCAUGGCGCCUACCCCAAUGCCCUGUUCUCGCCGUACUUGUACGGGUCCGUUGAGUGCGGUCCAGUCGGCCUGCCAACGCAUCCACCGCAGCCCGAUGGCGACGACGACGUGAGUCCACUGUACAAGGUGCUGAGGCCGGCCGUAUACAUGGAGAUAGUCGACAAACAAGGCUCACCCAUCACCACACCAGGGGUGAAAGGCUCCGUGGUUGCUACGCACUUGAUCAAACGCCUCCAGCCGUUAAUCAGGUACCCAGUGGGAGACAUCGCAGCCUGGGAGGACUAUACGCAACAAACCUUCAGGCUGUAUGGAAGGGAGACAGUGGCCCUCAAGAUCAGCAACACAUUGCUGGACUUGCCACUGCUGAAGGCCUUGAUUGCGAAGCACAUAUCAGAGAACGCCACGGGAAGGUUUCAAAGCGUGGUCAGGCGUGCCAAUGGAAAGAAUGUCCUUGUGUUGAGAGUCGCAAUUGCUAAGCCCGACAAUGCGGCCGCAAUCAGAGACGCCAUUGAGGAUCACUUGGCCAAGGUCUCACAUGCUUGGGUGCUGAACCGAGAAGCAGGAACAAUCGCACCUGUUGAGGUGGAAUACGUCGACUUUAGUCAACUUGUAUUGGGGUCUGACACCGGCAAACUUAAGAAUUUUGUGGAGGAACGGUUUGAAUAA